AUAGCGGUGUGGAGCUUUAUUUUGUGGCAUGGAUGUUUUGAUUUCCAAAAAGAAAUUUUCCAUUUUUAAUUAAUAAGAAUUGAUAAAGAUUAGAGGAAGCAAAUCAACUAUAUCAUAUCAUAACACAAGAACGACAUGUCUGAUCCUAUAAAUGCUAAUCCAACUAUAGUGGAUGUAUCGAGUCUACCUACAAGAUUAAGUCAACAACUGGGACAACAGGUGGGGUUCAAAUAUAGUGAUAAACAACAUGAAUUAGUGGAUAAGAUAACAUCAUUAUCGUUAUUAAGUUUGAAGAACAAAGCUUCUAAUGGAGUUGUUUCCAGUGUGGUUCCAGAGUUGGUAUCAGAUGUUGAUAUGGAAAGUAGUACUGAUGAAGAAUUACUUGAGUAUGACGAUGAUGAUGAGGUUGAAGAUGAUGAUAAUGAAAAUAUAGAUGAACAAGAGAUAUUUGAUUUGAUAUCAAGUAUUUCUGAUCCUGAACAUCCUUUAACUUUAGCUCAAUUAGCCGUGGUGAAUUUACCUGAUAUAAGUAUUAAUAAUGCUAGUUCCAAGCAAGAGAUAUCUGAAAUCUUAAUUAAAAUAACUCCCACCAUUACUCAUUGUUCGUUGGCAACUUUAAUUGGAUUAGGAAUAAGAGUAAGAUUAGAAAGAUGUUUACCAUCUCGAUAUAGAAUAAAGAUUUUGAUUAAAGAAGGAACUCAUCAAUCUGAAAAUCAAGUUAAUAAACAAUUAAAUGAUAAGGAAAGAGUAGCUGCUGCAUGUGAAAAUGAUCAAUUAUUAGGAGUUAUAAGUCAAAUGUUAAGUAGUUGUAAAUAAUUAUACAUAUAUAUAUAUAUUAUAUUAAUAUCAUUAAUGCAAUCUAAUCAAUAGAAAGAAU